CAACUCUUCUUUCUCCAUUUAGCUUCAUCAUGCACAGAGAUCAAGAACAAGAAGAAGACGAGGCUGGAUCUCUGCUGCAUUAAUGGCGAAAGCUGAUAAUAAACGCGGGGUGGAUGGGAAGCUACGAGAUGAAGUUCAUCAUCCUUACGCCUUUCAUGUCUCUGGUCCUCGCAAUUUCGCUGCUCUUACUUGGAGGGAUCUUCUCAAUUCUAGUUGGAAGGAUGAGAACUACAAGCGAAUUGUCAUUGCCUGCUUUAUACAGGCAGUUUACUUGCUCGAACUUGACAAACAAGAGAACCGAACCAAAAAAAAUGCUUUAGCUCCAAAUUGGUGGAUCCCCUUUAAAUACAAGCUUACUCAAACAAUGAUUGAUGAAAGAGAUGGAUCAAUCUUUGGUGCUCUAUUUGAAUGGGAUCAACGCGCAGCAAUGGCUGACUUAAUAUUAGCUAGACCUAGUGGUGCGCCAAGAGUAGUUUUAGCACUCAGAGGAACAUUACUCAAAACCCCAACAAUCCGAAGAGAUAUCGAAGAUGACCUUCGCUUUCUCGCCUGGGAAAGCUUGAAGGGAUCUUCUAGGUUUAAAUUAGCUCUGGAGGUACUAAAAUCUGUUUCUAAGAAAUACGGUAGCAGCAAUGUCUGUAUUGCAGGGCAUUCUUUAGGAGCUGGAUUUGCACUUCAAGUAGGAAAAGCACUAGCAAAAGAAAAAAUAUAUGUGGAGACACAUUUAUUCAAUCCACCUUCCGUUUCACUGGCAAUGAGUUUGAGAUACAUGGGCAAAAAAGCAGGAUUGAUUUGGAAGAGACUGAAAUUAAUGCUUCCUACAAGUAGUGUUGAAGCCAAAACUUUGAGUGAAGGAUCAUCAACUCAAUCAACUGGCUUGAAUAAUUCUGGCUCUGGGGUGGGCAAAUGGAUUCCAUAUUUGUAUGUGAACAACAGUGACUAUAUCUGUUGUUAUUACACCAGUCCUGAUGACGGCAAGGGCAGUAUUGAUAUUUCAAAUGGCCAAGUUUUAGCAAAGAUGUUUGUGGUUUCCAAGGAGAAACAGAAGUUCCUGGAGGCUCAUGAAUUGGCACAAUGGUGGUCAAGUGAUGCAGAGCUUCAGCUUGCUAUUCAAAAUAGUAAUCUCAUAAGCAGGCAGCUUAGAUCUUUAUAUGCAGUUGCAACUUCAUAAUUAACAUUGGGAAUGCACAAGAAGAAAUUAGUUAUAAACAGAUCUUGAUAUUUCUUCUGCUUCAUUAUACUUGUCUAAAAAUUUGUAUCAUAUACAUGAGUCCAUUGAAGUCUUGUUGUUCCCUCAAGUACUAUGAAGUGUAUGCUUUAAAAGAAAAAAAGAUCCAUACAUACAUCGGAUGCAUAUUUUAUAGGAAUACAGCUUUUGCAUAGUA